AUGGAUGAAUUCCAAACGAACGACAUGCAAUGCCAUCAUAUCCGACAAGGGUUAUUGCUAUGGAUUGGGAAGAUUACUAUUGAGGACUCCGAUUUCCAACCAGAACCAUCGAAGGGUGGCUAUCUAUUGAAGCUGAACCGAGUAGCAGUGACUCUUAAUGGGCAUUAUUAUCACAAGUUUUUAUUUACCCGUGACUCUAAUCGAUUCGUGAUUGAUGUCGUUUUCCCUGAAAUUACGCUUGGCCCGAUUCAAUUCCGUGCAUCCAAAGGAUAUCCAAAGUUCCAAAAAUUUGAAUGCAAAAUGAAACCGAAUUUCGAAAGUCCAAAGCUUGGCAGUGAGCGGGUUGUAUUCAAUAUGGUGGGGCAAUAUAGGGUGAAGGAAGUCAUUCGCAAGACAAAUAAGGCCGCUAAGGAAUUGUUCGAUUCUUGGACCGAUAUGAUUGGGCUGAAGCUGCGGUUGACGGAGAGAUCAAAGAUGAAUUUUGAGAUGGAAAGUUCGCCAAUAGUGAUUCCGGCUGGGAAAUCGAAGGGCAAUUUGAGAAGUUAUCAUUAUGGUAUAUCGUCGAAUAUUACGGAUCGGCAGACGAUGACGGCGAAUUUUACGCGAAUCGCGAAGAGUGAUUUUGCAUACCACGUGCAUCAGAAUGUGUUUAGUGAGGCGCUAGGGACGCUAUGUCGCGAGGGAUUAUUUUUUAAAAAUAUGAGCGGUCCUGUGCAUCCUUCUUUAACUCUGGAUUGUGUCGGAAAGCCGAGAGUAUCGCUUGAAAAUUAUUGGUCAAGAAACAUGAAGGCUACUGUAAAUUUUACUAUCGAACUUCGGAAUACCACAAAAUCAGGAACGGAAGUAUCUCAAAGCAAUAUCACCCUUUAUACGAAAUUGUCAAAUACAAUGUCAAAUGAAUUCAUUUAUUUACUUAUGGAUCCGAUAUCGUUUGAGCCACUGGACCCAUCGACUUUCCAAGGCCAAAAUCAAAAUAUUAUUUUCCGUCAUCUAAGCGAGGUGGUGAAGGACGAAUUUGAAAUUAUACUCCCUUCAAUGCGAGACGCGAAAUUCCAAGUGGUCUACCGGGCCGUCACAACCGAUCGGAUUAUUUUGACCGUUGAUUUUCUCGGGUUUCGUGGGCCAGAUGAUGGGCCAUAUCGAGCC